AUGGGAGACACACUUUCACUUCGUGGUACACUUGAGGGACAUUCGGAUUGGGUAACAGCUAUUGCUACAACGUCGGAAAACCCUGAAAUGAUUUUGUCUUCUUCUCGUGAUAAAUCCAUUAUGGUUUGGCGAUUGACACGAGAUGAACACAAUUAUGGAGUUCCUCGUAAAUCCUUAACAGGUCAUAAUCAUUUUGUACAAGAUGUUGUAAUUUCGUCGGAUGGACAAUUUGCCUUGUCGGCCUCUUGGGAUAAGACACUUCGAUUAUGGGAUUUGAACACCGGAACAACUACUCGUCGAUUUGUUGGACAUGAGAAAGAUGUCUUGACAGUUUCUUUUUCACCAGAUAAUAGACAAAUCGUUUCAGGGUCAAGAGAUAAAACCAUUAAAUUAUGGAAUACACUUGGUGAAUGCAAAUUAAAUAUUCAGGAUGAAGGUCAUACUAACUGGGUAUCUUGUGUUCGGUUCUCACCAAAUCCCUCCAAUCCAGUCAUUGUAUCUGGCGGUAAAUGCAGGCUUAAAACUAAUCAUCAUGGACACUCUGGAUAUAUUAACACUGUUACCAUUUCACCAGAUGGGUCGCUUUGUGCAUCUGGCGGAAAAGAUGGUAUCACAAUGUUAUGGGAUUUGAAUGAAGGGAAACAUUUGUAUUCAUUAGAAGCAAAUGAUAUCAUCAUAAAUGCUCUAGUGUUCAGUCCAAAUAGAUAUUGGUUAUGUGCUGCUACCACGUCUAGUAUUAAGAUUUGGGACCUUGAAACUAAAAAGGUUAUUGAUGAUUUAAAGCCUGAUUUUACGGAAACUGGUAGAAACUCGAAAGAUCCCGAGUGUAUCUCUUUGGCUUGGUCACCUGAUGGCACUACACUAUUCGCUGGAUAUACAGACAGCAAGAUCAGAGUUUGGGAAGUCUUAUAA